AUGCAACAAGAUUGUGCUCAUGCUCGGCGCUGGUACGCUAGCUCAGUCUGGGCGCUGUUCCCUCUAAAGCCAAUUCAGGUUUGUCGAGGCUGUUUGUUUGGCGCUUAUACUGCUUCAGGUCUCUACGCAAAUCUUGCUAGAUUGCGACUGCCAUACCCCGAGGCCGUUUUCGAUAUUGGUUUCUUCCGGAAGAACCCUGAGCCCUUCUAUACACUCGCCCAUGAACUCUAUCCAGGCAAAUUCCGUCCAACAAUUACCCAUUCCUUCAUUCGUUUGCUGGCGCAACGCAAUCUUCUUCACAUGUGCUUCACGCAGAAUAUUGACACACUUGAACGUCGGGCCGGUGUCCCGGACGAGAAGAUCAUCGAGGCCCACGGCAGUUUUGCGACACAACGCUGUAUCGAAUGUCACCGACCAUACGACGACGACAAAAUGAAGGCCAAGGUGCUCGCCAAAGAAACGCCCAGAUGCGAACGAAAAAGCUGUGGCGGCCUCAUCAAACCAGAUAUCGUCUUUUUUGGGGAAAGUCUUCCGGAUGAUUUCAUCGCCGCGAUACCGAAGGUUGCUCAAGCGGAUCUGCUUAUCGUCAUGGGCACAUCGAUGACAGUACAUCCAUUUGCUGGGCUUGCGGAACGGACUACGUCGGCAUGCCCACGAGUCUUGAUUAACUUGGAGCGUGUUGGAAAUAUCGGGAGGCGGCCCAAAGACACUGUCCUUUUGGGAAAGUGUGAUGAGGUCGUGCUCGAGCUAUGCAAGGCACUUGGAUGGGAGAAGGAGCUAAUGAAGUUGUGGGCAAAAACAGAAAUCAAAGAAGUCGGCUAUAUUGUGCCAGACGAGGUCGACGAGACCGACUUCAAUGAGCCAGAAGCAAAGGUGGAAGUGAAGACGGAGAAUCUCGUUGAAACCAUCACCGAGGCAAUUGGACGGCAAUUGAACAUAGAUGAGAGGGACGAACACUCUGAAAAGGCCACCAAUUCGCCAAAGAAAGUCGCAGAUGAAGCCGAAGGGGUCCAACUUGAACAGAAGGAUCCGGAGGGGGUGGCGAAACUUGAGGCGGAGACAGUUCCUAAAACUGAAGAGGAGAAAGAACCUAAAUUGUAA